AUGCUGCAUGAGGAUAUCGUCCGCAUUCUCGCAAAUCACGCAGAGGUAAAUGUGAAUUCACAGGACCAUGAUGGUAGUACACCGCUGGCGUGGGCUGCAAGACGAGGUCACUGCGCGGUCGUCGAAGUGCUGAUGCGGCAUAGUGAGAUCGACACCGAGUCGUCGGACAAGUAUGGGUGA